AUUCUGGUAGACAUAAAUUUUGGGGGACACUAUUCAAUCCAAUAUACCAUUCAUUAUGAAGUAGCACCUGAAAAUAUGUAUGGUCUCUGGUGUUGAUUAGGUUAUCCUUUUGUGAAAAUUAGUUUGGAAAUGAACAGAACAGCAAGCUAACUUGACUUUUUUUUGUUUGGGUGGUUCUUUAAGUUAAAAUAAUUCACACCCACUUUUUUAUUUUUGUUUUGUUUUGUUUUUUUCAUACUACUAAGAAAAAGGCAGAGAGAUCUGUGGACAGGAAAGUGUUGGCAGAGCCUUAUCCUUCUCAAUUCUGACUUGCAUGUCUGCUUUUAAUCUAGAGCCAAAUAACUAUCGGAUCAUGCAUGGCCGGGCAGUAAAUGGCAGCCAGUUGGGAAAGGAUUACAUCCAGCUGAAGAGCCUGUUGCAGCCCAUCCGGAUUUAUUCCAGAGCCAGCUUAUAUGGCCCUAAUAUUGGGCGGCCGAGGAAGAAUGUCAUCGCCCUCCUAGAUGGAUUCAUGAAGGUGGCAGGAAGUACAGUAGAUGCAGUUACCUGGCAACAUUGCUACAUUGAUGGCCGGGUGGUCAAGGUGAUGGACUUCCUGAAAACUCGCCUGUUAGACACACUCUCUGACCAGAUUAGGAAAAUUCAGAAAGUGGUUAAUACAUACACUCCAGGAAAGAAGAUUUGGCUUGAAGGUGUGGUGACCACCUCAGCUGGAGGCACAAACAAUCUAUCAGAUUCCUAUGCUGCAGGAUUCUUAUGGUUGAACACUUUAGGAAUGCUGGCCAAUCAGGGCAUUGAUGUCGUUAUACGGCACUCAUUUUUUGACCAUGGAUACAAUCACCUCGUGGACCAGAAUUUUAACCCAUUACCAGUAAGUGUUGGAUAAAGAUUCCCAACUCCUUUUCCAUAUCAUUCAGUUAUUUUGAUCAUGCCUUGUUCCAUACUAGGAGAAUAUUUUUCCUUUUGCUGUUACCAGUUAAUUUCAUUAAUUGAACAGUAACAUUCUUGUCUUCGUUCCCUUGAUCCAUUUCACAGACUUUUGGCUUCACCACAC